AGUAAAGAUUUACACAUUUAUCCUUCUUUGUCUUUCCAAGUAGCAGCAGAACCAAAAACCCUUGAAACAAAAAACAUGGCGUCUGUUGUUUGUUCCUUGAAUCAACUCUCAUCUCGUAUCAUCUUCAAUUCUCCUUCUGUAACAUCUUUCAAGGUUUCGUCACAUCAAUCUAAAGCGUUAAGUUCUAAACCAAACGGGUUAUCUUAUGGAAAAAAUUGUUCAAGAAUCUUUUGUACGAUUAACGUGAAUUCAUCACAACCAGAUGAACGUGGAAAGUCAAAUAUGGACCUUGUAAUAGACAAGGCAAGAAACUUGUGGGAUAGUUCUCCCCAAGAAGUCAAGAGCUUCCCCUGGACCAGAGCCUUGGAGAACUUUACCCAACUUAUUAUCGACAUUAUAUUGGUCAUCACCCAAUACUUAUAUGUACCUGUAAUGGCAAUUACUUGUGUUAGCGAGAUGUCAUAUUGUGCUCAUGAAAGGAAGCUCGUUUUAAUUCCUCUUCCGAUACUUAUUGGUAUUGCUGUAGCUGAGGUGUUGAAGACCAGAGCAUUGAAAUUAUCUCCAUAUCUCAAGGAUGCAAAAGUUCCAUGGCAUUUGUAUGCCAAUAUGCUAUUUUUCACGUUAAUCAAAUUGCCAGGCCCAUAUUAUCCAUAUUGGGGACGCAUUUUCAUUCCACACUUUGCGAAUGGAGGGUUAUUUAGGACUUUAUGGUUUCUGUUCUUAUGGUACAGGAGGCCUAGAAAGGAUUUGCACACUGGUGUUGAACAUAAGGCGUAAGCUUAUGGUGUCGGUUAUUUAAAGCAGAUCGUCUUAUCAUCUGAAUCAUUUUCCAUCAGCUGGGCACUUCAACAAUAGAACUAACUCGCAGUUUUGGCCUCCAAAUCUUCAACGCUGAAAAAAUGUACUGGCUAACUGGGUCAGAUGAAACAUACCUACCGGUACCAUCACAUUUUUGUUACAUUGGUAGGGUAGUGUAGGGUAGCAGCAUACAUUGUUAUCAGGUAUAUGAUUUCUUAAACAGUUGGCGAUUACGUGUGCCUUUGUUAUGUAUGUGAUCUGCGGCAGGAUCUUUUGUAAAGACACCUUUUUGUUAGAUUUACAAGAUGAGAAAUUAUCGAAAAAAUAUUAUUCAUUUA